AUGGCUGAUCUCGAUAGGUUACUGAGAGAAAAAGGAAUUACUGAAGAUCAACUUUCGAGAUUAAGUAGAUGGGACAAAGUUAAGCUUUUGCGGGAAAUUAUUAACAAUGAGAAAGAAAAAGGAGUUGAUAAUGAAGAAACAAGGAGAUACGCAAGAGAUCUUCAAUCUAAAGCGAAAGCACAGAAAGAAAACUACAAAAAAAUAUAUGAAGAAACAUUCAAAACAAAUUAUAUGUUUAUUAGUUCAUCGAAUACUUCUUUAGAAUCAAAUGAAAACGUUGAAUUUUCUCUUGAAAUGGCACGUGAUUUAGAAUCUGAUUCUGAUGAUUCUAAUGACGAUGAUGAAAACGAUUCAACUACUGAAAAUGAACAAACGAAUAAAGAAACUAAUGAUCCGAAAGAACUUGUUAAAAAUGGGGUUUGUACUUCUCAUUUCAAUGUGGAUUGGAAUGAAUUAGGUUUCGGAAAUUAUCCACAAAGAAAAGUUCUCAAAAUUAUCAACAUUUCUUAUAACGACAAAAAGUUAAAUGUUAGUGUUGAAUGGGAAAGACAACCUCAUAUAUUACAGAAGUUUGAGAAAUUAGAUAGUUUUGUUAAUAAUCGAAUCAACAUCGCAAGAGAUGAUUUGGAUACUUAUGUAUUGAAAGCACAGAUGAAAUCUCUCAAAAAUCUGCAGAGAAGAAUUAGAAGUCAGCAUAAAAAUGGAGGUGUUGUUGAUAAAUUUCUUUUAUUCGAACACUCGGCAAUGUUAGUUCAAAAUCCAAAUGGAACUCUGAACUUCAUUUUGGAUCCAGAAAUCAUCAGGAAAAUCGAAUCUUCUUCCAGAGCAUUCGAUAAAUUCAAUAAAAGCAACAGGCCACCAGAAAAAAGAUCUGAAGAAAAGACAAAACAGAAGAAGAAAGCAAAACCUACUCGAACUGCUGAUAAAUAA